AUGCGUAAACAAACAACGAAAUGGUGUUUAAUUGAAGGCGAAAACAGUGAGAAACAACAGGUCUGGCGAUCGGUGUUUAAAAGGAAUAUGUCAGAAGAUCAAAGUAGUAAAAUUGGAUUAUUAGGUCCACCAUUGAACAAGGAAAUUUUAGAAAUCUGGGAGAAGUACAGUCAGCCUGCUGCAGUCAGAAAAAUUCAAGAAGAGUUUGAAGUGUUGCGAUCAUCACCUGAAUCAUGUCUCAGAGUGAAGAUGUUUCGUUUAAGUCAGAAAUGCCAGAAGUUAAGAAAACAAAAGCGGGAUGGUGAAUUGCGUUCUAUUUUGCAAUCGGGUUUUCAUGCCCCUGAAAAAAAGAUCACUGAAGAUGUAACGCUUGCAGAUGAAAGCCAAAUAAGACAAGUGCAAGAUGCUGCAAGGAAAGUUGUUCAGGAGAAUCACAAGUUGAAGAGAGAAAUAGAACAUGUUGAAGAUACAAAUGAAAACCUUUCUUUUCAAAUUGAACAUUAUGGAAAAAAACUUGACAUUCAGAUGAAAUUGUUAGAUAUGAUGAAUGGUCGCUACGGAGAAGCCAUGAAGUAUAAAAGAGAAUCUCACAACUUGCAACAUGAACUGGAGUUAUGGCAACAGAAAUUUCAACACAUAUCAGAUCAGCUAGAUAAAACAACCAAUGAAAUUUCAAUGUUACAUGAAAAGGUUAAGAAAAAUUCCAUAAGAAAUCUGAACAAAAAAAUUAAAACGCAGAGAGAAAGCCAUACUAAUUAAGAAUUAAGUCAUCUAGACAUAAACUGAAACUUCAACAGCAGAAAAACCUACUUCCUAAGUUCAUUGAUGAACCACAUCUGUUCGUUGGAAAGUCCAUUCAGCAAAAGUUUAACAUUCCUGAUUCAAAUGAAAUUGAAUGGUUUAAUGGUGAAAUCUUAAAACUUAUUAAUAUAGAUGGUUUAAAUUCUACAUACCAGGUCAAAUAUGAAGAUGGUGAGCUUAGUUCUUACAAUCUUUUGGUUGAUUUUGAGAAAGGGGACGUUAUUAUUUUGUGACAUUGUUAUAGUGCUAUGGACAUAUAAACAUGUCAACAAAACUGUUUUGUUUACUAAAGACAAAAAACUUUUUUGGGUAUGUCUUCUGUUACUGAUCUUUAAUACUGAAAUGUAUUACAUGCAAUCAUUUGAUGUGAUUUAAUGUUUACACACUGUAUAUAUCAUGUAUGUGACAUAUAGAAUUAGUAAGUUAUCAAAUAUUACCAGUUUAACUUCAAUAAUAAUAAUUGAUACAUCUUAAAAUGGAAAUACUUUAUAAACAUUGAGUGGACGUAAAUUAAGUUAAAGCUUACAAAGACUUGAAACAUACAUAAGACAUAAAUGAAACAAUGAACACCAUCCAUUUUCAACUAUUGCCUGAU